AUGACUGCCUCUCCGGCUCGUGCUCUCCUCGCCAGGCGGGUGUGUCGUUGCACAUCCUCGAAGCUGCCAUCAGGUUUCCCCCCAACAUCAAGCCCCCGUCUCACUCGACUGCUCUCGAGCAGCACUCAGCACAAUGAGCCCACAAGUCCACCGCCCUCGUUUGCCUCCCAAAUUCCGACCUAUGGCUCUUCGGAGUUGCUGCGCCGGAAAUACCAGAAGACGAACCAGGAGACGGAUGUCAGGAGGGACAAGGCCGAGCGAGCCAGGACGGUGAAGCGCAUGCGCUGGGCUGGGUAUGGGAUUGCGGCUUGUACUUUGGCCAUGUUUGCAACUAUAUCACUAUAUCCGGAUCCCAGAAAAGAGAAACCAGCGGAAGCGUCCUCGAACGUUGUACGGCUCGACGCACCGCCCCCCGUCACCAACACCCUCGUCGACCCCUCUUCCAAGCCUCAAGACGUCGAGCAGAUCCCCACUGGCACAAGCUCGAUUCCCUUCUUCCCUCGAAUCAUCCACAUUGCAUCUGACGCUCCGCCAUCUACCCCGGCAUCUGCCAACGAAGGCACUCAAGCCGACGUGGAAUACCAAUUGGUUGGACUGGGAAUUCGCACCGUGUCAAUCCUCAGCAUCCAGGUCUACGUGGUUGGCCUCUACGUUGCUGUCCCAGAUAUUGCCGCUUUGCAGCAGCGGCUCGUCCAAGCCGCCGUGCCGCCCAGCGAGAGCGUCGCGACGACCCUCGUGGCCGGCGAGAAAUCCCAGCUGAAAGAGCUCCUGCUCGACCCAGUCCGCGGAGAGCAGAUCUGGAACGACAUCAUCAAGGAUGGCCAGCUCCGCACGGCUUUCAGGAUCGUCCCGACGAGAAGCACCGACUUCAUGCACCUGCGCGACGGCUUCGUCCGGGGCAUCACGGCGCGCUCGGCCCAUUUCGCGUCGGACAGACACGACGACUCCUUCCAGGACGAGUCGUUCGGCGCCGCGCUCAACGAGUUCAAAUCCGCGUUCGGAGGUAGCGCGCGGCGGAAAAUGCCCAAGGGCGACAUCCUCCUCCUCGUCCGCGACGCGCAGGGCAAGCUGACCGUGUGGAACGAGGACCACAAAAAGGGCGAUCGCAUCCAGAUGGGGGUGGUGGCCGACGAGAGAGUCGGCAGACUGUUGUGGCUGGGCUAUCUGGCCGGGAAGAACGUCAGCAGCGACGAGGCCAGACGGAACGUCGUCGAGGGGUGCAUGGAGUUUGUGGAACGGCCAGUCGGGACGGUGGCGGCGCAGGUUGUAUAA